UUUAGCGCCGGCCAUUUGUGCCGCCUUGUAUAUAUAGGAGAUUCGGAGUAGCUGAAAUGGAGGAUCGGAAUCCGUCCCCGGCUUCUUCUUCUUCGUCGAGCGCUGCUUUGGAUAGACAUCGCAGUCGCAGCCACAACCGGCGCCGCGCGGUGGAGGAGGAAGACGGCGGAGAUCCGGUGGCGGCGGCGGCGUGCACGGGGAAGUCGUGCCAGUCGUGCACGGCGGAGGUGAUCGCCGACUGCGUGGCCGUGUGCUGCUGCCCUUGCUCGGUGGUGAACUUUUUGGCGCUGGCGCUUCUCAAGCUGCCGUGGGCGGUGGCGCGUAAAUACCUCGGCUGCCUGAAAAAUAAGAGACGGCCGAUGCUGGAAGAGAGGAAAUGCUGUAGAGGAGGGGAUAGAGAUGGGAAUUCAGAUAAGGGAAGUGUAGGUAAUGGAACGUCGGAAAUAUGUUUACCGCCGGCCGGAGACGGAAUUUGUGAAGCGGCGGCGGCGAAUGGCAAUUUGGGUACGGCGGAGGAGGUUUGGUUAGAGCUGUAUGAGGUUGGCCAUUUGAAUUUUGGCAGGGUUUCUUUUACUGGACUUCCUUUUCAUAAUAAGGGCAAUUAAGUAAUUUUACUUUUUUAUUUUUUCUUGGCUUAUAAUUGUGGUAAGUUAGUUUGAACCGUAUGUAUGUAUCAUUACUCAUCAGUAACAAUUUGUCACAUUUGAUUUAUUAUUAUUAUUUUUAUUUUA